CAGCGUCCAGGUGUGGGCGUGUUUAGAGGAGGAGGAAAAGCAGCUUCAUAAAAUCCAAACUCCUGCUUGUCGUUUUCACAUUUUGGACAUAAACAGCAACUUCUCUUCAGAAAGACAAUGAAGCAUCAGAUCUUUCUCUCACUGCUGCUACAAGCCCUGCUGAUCUGUGCAGCUGCAGAUGAAGAUUUUGAGCAUACAAGCAACUGCACUCUUAAUGGACGCCCCACGAUUUUGACAAUUACCUGCAAGGAAAAGAUUUGGAAGCUUCAGUGCAGGGAAGAUGGUGGAUAUUUGAAUAUGUCCUUCAGUUGUUUAGAUAAACCUAAAAAAACAUUUCAGCUUAAAGUCUCCAAUCCAGAAACAUAUUGCUUCAACACAGAUUGCAAAAAAAUUAAAUAUGGACACCCUUCCUGCGAUAACGAUAAGAACUCCAUCUCUGCACUAACUGAUGGAUCAUAUAAUUUACAGCUACAAGGUUCUGACUGUAAAUUUGACCUUUGGAGUGCUGAUAAUCAAACAGGAAUAUUUCUGACCAACAAAACUUGGAUUGAAGCUUUACAAUUCUGCAAAACAUUAAAUUCCACUUUGGUUGAAAUCACCAACCAAACAGUGCGGGAUGCAGUGAUUAAGAUCGUGAAAGAUAAAGCAGCAGAACUGCAGAACGGUGUCUGGGUCGGCCUGGAGAGAUCCAUCUUUGGAACCAAUUCAGGGUGGAUCUGGACGUCAAAGGGAAAAAAAUUUGCCACAGAGCUUAACAUCAGCUUUCCUGAUGACCCUCUGAACAACCACUGUGGAAAGGUUGUCUUGGACCGGGAUCAAGUGAAGGUGGAUGAUGAAGACUGCCACGAGAGUUUGCCUUUCAUCUGCCAAGCUUAACUGGGUUCAUUAUAAACACAUUAAGAGGCCAUGAAAACUUCUCUGAAGAUCUUCUGAUUACUUUGGAGGAUUUUUACUCUCUGCUGAUGCUUCAGAUUAUGCCUUUGUAAUUAUUACUUAUGAGACAUGUAGUUCUGUUUCUGACUGUCUUUCUAUAGGUUAAUAAGUAUCAUAACUGUCACUAUUCAUUAAUACAUUUUAAGGUGAUUUAGUUUGACUGCAUCACUUCUAAUUUUGAUUUAUAUAAAUCACUUAAAUGUAUUUAUUUCUAGUUUUGUUUCUGAACCUUAAAGAAAUAAGAUUAAAAACCAAUUGCUGUCA